UUUCCAUAUAAACCCUAAACAAACAGUACUCUUCCCCUUCUCUACCCCGUUAAUACCAAAAAAACUUUGCUUCCCCAAUUUUAGCAAAAAAAAAGUACCAAGUAUUGAUCAUUUUCAGAUAAAAAACAAAGCUAGCUAUACCAGUACUCUUCCAAUUUUUGCUAGUAUUGUUCAAACAAACGAAUAUUUCUUUAUUUUGUUACUGUGAUUAUGAACAGUAACAAAAUUAAUAAAGCGACCGAUCUAGAACAAGGAAGAUAGAGAUCGAUCCUAUUUAUGGCUUCUUUUACGGAAUUAGUUGAAAGUUCGAAUCAUCAUCAUCGCGAGAAAAUCAACAUCGAAACAGUUAACAAUAUCGAGAUAAUUUCUGUUUCUGCUUCUUCUUCAUCUGCUGCUACACCGGCACCAGCUAGCUCAAGUAGCAGGUACGAAAAUCAGAAGCGGCGGGAUUGGAACACGUUUGGUCAGUACCUGAGAAACCACAGGCCUCCACUCACGCUCUCUAGAUGCAGUGGUGCUCACGUACUUGAAUUCCUUCGUUACCUUGAUCAAUUCGGCAAGACCAAAGUUCAUACUCCGAUGUGUCCGUUUUAUGGGCAUCCGAAUCCGCCAGCACCGUGUCCGUGUCCGCUAAAGCAAGCUUGGGGGAGCCUUGACGCACUGGUAGGACGACUUAGAGCGGCUUAUGAAGAAAAUGGAGGGAAGCCGGAAACGAACCCAUUUGGUGCUCGUGCUGUUAGGCUUUAUCUUCGUGAGGUUCGUGAUUUGCAGUCCAAAGCGAGGGGAGUUAGUUACGAGAAGAAGAAAAAACGGAAACGCCCACCUCCAACUCCACCACCACCACCGCAACAGUUGUCCACGUCAGUACAACUGCCACUCUCAUCGCCACCACCAUCAGGUAAAGGUGCAUUACCAUUUGAGUUAUGACGAUUCAGCAGCAUACCUUCAGGCCGCGCAAAACCAUGGGAUUAACUUGAGAUUAAAGUAGUGACCAAAUCAAAAGUUUUAAUAAAUUAAACUUGUGUGGUGACAUAUCGGUCUUUUCACUUUAUCUUAUAUAUGCUUUAUUUAAAAUA